UUCUAUGUGAUAGAUCUGGGCUUGCUGGCGCGGCUGCACGCGCACUUUGUGGCUGCGAUGCCGCGCGUGACGCCCUUCUACGCCGUCAAGUGCAUGCCCGACCGCGCCAUGAUGUCCACCCUCGCCGCGCUUGGGACGGGCUUUGAUUGCGCGUCACCGGCAGAGAUAGACGCGGUGCUGUCGCUGGGAGUGCCGCCCGAGCGCAUCAUCUAUGCGCACCCCGUCAAGAGCCCCGCCCAGAUCCGGCACGCGGCCGCGAGGCGCGUGGCGAUGACUACGGCUGACUCAUCAGGAGAGAUGGAGAAGCUGGCGCACUGGCACCCGACAGCUAAGGUGCUGCUGCGCAUCCGCGCUGACGAUGCCAGCGCCCUCUGCUGCCUUGGUACCAAGUACGGCGCCGAAGUGGCCGAUGCUCCCGGCAUCCUAGCGGCUGCGGCGGCUCUGGGCGUGGACAUUGUCGGCGUUUCUUUCCAUGUGGGCAGCGCUAGCCGUGACCCCAAGGCGUUUGAGGUGGCGAUUCGGCUGGCGCGGGGUGUGUUCGACGUGGGUGCAUCGCUGGGCCUGCACAACAUGCGUAUCCUUGACAUCGGCGGCGGCCUCACAGCACAGGUCACGGGCAUCUGGGACGUUCCUGGCGUUGUCAACGCUGCGUUAGACGCGCACUUUCCCCCCGGCUGCGGCUAUGACAUCAUCGCCGAGCCUGGCAGGUACUUUGCCGAGGCGGUGGGCACACUUCUGUGCGCAGUCAACGGCAAGCGCGAGCGGCAGACACCCACCGGCCGCAGCGCCGACUACUGGCUCAGUGACGGACUGUACGGAUCGUUCAAUGGCAUUCUGUACGAUCACAUGGUGCCCACUCCAGUCGCGUUGCCAAUCAACAACAUUCCCCAUCACAACGAAAUUCCAAAGGGCGCCACUACUGCAAGCCUGUUCGGGCCGACAUGUGACGGCGCUGAUGUCAUCUGCCGUGAUGUCAGCCUGCCUAAUUUGGACGUGGGAGACUUUGUGGCGUUUCCCAAAUUGGGUGCCUACAGCUGGGCAGGCGCCUGCAACUUCAAUGGCUUCGAGGCCAUUGGUGUGCAUUUCUUCUAUGUCACAACCUGA